AUGAUGUUAUCUAGAACAAUGAAUAGAGAAAUUGAAGUUCUGUCUCCAGCUUCCUAUAUUGAAAAUUCCAAUUGGUUGUUUCAAGAAAACAAGGGUUCUAAAUGGACUCAAGAAGAGAACAAGCUGUUUGAGAAUGCUUUGGCUUACUAUGAUAAGGAUACUCCUGAUAGAUGGAUAAGGGUUGCAGAGAUGAUUCCUGGAAAAACUGUAGGUGAUGUGAUUAAACAGUAUAGGGAGCUUGAAGAAGAUGUUUGUGUUAUUGAAGCAGGUUUGAUACCCGUUCCUGGUUAUACAACUGGUUCUUUCACAUUGGAUUGGGCUAAUGAUGAAGGCUAUGAGGAGUUCAAGCAGUUUUGCAGUGUUGGUGGGAAGAGGAGUGGUUCGACUCGACCCUCUGAGCAGGAAAGGAAGAAAGGUGUGCCAUGGACUGAAGAGGAGCAUAGGCAAUUUCUACUGGGUUUGAAGAAGUAUGGUAAAGGGGACUGGAGAAACAUCUCUCGGAAUUUCGUGACGACAAGGACGCCAACUCAAGUUGCAAGUCAUGCUCAGAAGUAUUUCAUACGGCAAGUUUCAGGAGGGAAGGAUAAAAGGAGAUCAAGUAUCCAUGAUAUCACAGUGGUCAAUCUCCAAGAAACCAAAUCUCCUUCAUCGGAACCCUCUUUGGACCAUUCGGUUAAGGCUGCGAAUGAAUCACAAAAUCAUAAACCGUUUGGCAUGGUUAAGCAGGAAUAUGACUGGAAAUCGCAAGAUGAGGGUACGCCAUUUGUUUUCAAUUCAACUAAAGGAAAUGUGUUUGUGGCACCGUUGUGCGGGAUCUCUUCCCAAGAAUCGAAAUCACCAAGGCGUAAUGUACUUCGAGGCACACACCACGGUUACCAGUUUUCACCUUUCGAAACUAUUUUGCAAAUGCAAUCUAUGCAGCAUCAAUGA